AUGGUGCUGCUGUCCGGGGACGGGGAGCAGCUGGCCGGGGAGCGGGUCUGCCCCGCGCCGGCGGCGGAGAUGCCCGGCGGUGAGACGGAGAGCGGCCCCGAGCAGGGGGCGGCGGGGGGUGCCCUGCUGGGGCGGGGAGCGGGAAGCGCUCCCUCAACUGAGGAGAAGGAGGAGGAGGAGGAGGAGGAGGAGGAGGAAGAGGACUGCGAGGAGUACGAGGACUUCUCCGAGCUGCCCGACACCUGCAGCAUCGCCUCGGACGACUCCUUCUACCCGCCGGGGGGGCUGGAGGACGAGGAGGAGGACCGCUGGUCCCUGGAGCAAGAGGGGCGCGACAGCCCCGAGGCCCUCAGCCUCUUCCGAGCCUGCUGCACCAACAACACCGUCGUGCUCAAGGCGCUCAUCCGCCAAGGCCCCGAGGAGGAGGAGGUGCGGGAGACCGACCGCAACCGCCGGAAUGGUCUUAUCGUUGCCUGUUACCAAGGUUAUGUGGAUGUUGUAAUAGCCUUAGCACAAUGCCCUCACCUCGAUGUGAACUGGCAGGACAACGAAGGGAACACGGCUCUAAUUACAGCUGCACAAGCAGGGCACAUAACCAUUACGAACUACUUGUUGAACUAUUUUCCCGGGCUUGAUAUCGAGAAGAGGAAUGUGUUUGGAUUCACAGCACUGAUGAAAUCUGCGAUGCAGGGCCGAACUGAGUGCGUGAAAGCCUUGAUGCUGGCAGGGGCAAAUGUUCACGCGACUGACCCAAGCCGUGGACUGACUUCAUGGGAAUGGGCUUGUUACACAGGAAGAUCGGAAUCUGCCUUCAUCAUGCAAAAGCUGAUGGACAGGCCAUGCCCGGAACAGUUUUGUGAUCAGUAUAAACCAGAAUGGCCAAAGAUGAAGGAACUUCUAGCCAAGGCUGCAGAGCCAAAAACUUGUUUGCAGAGGAUUUCUGAGUGCAUGAGGGCAGCUAUCUCAUUCCGGUCUUUCUAUGGCCCAGAAGAAGACGGGGUCCUUGACCACAUGGUGAAGGUGACAACAAGCUUGAGCAGCCCUUUCAUUGCUCUGUCGUGCCGGACGGUGUGCCCAGGCAGCCCGCCUUCCGUGGGGAAACGCAGACUGGCUGUGCAAGAAAUCAUUAGGAAGCAGAGAGCCGAGGAGAUCCGAUCUCAGGACAAAGACCACUUUAGCAGCUAUGAGAAGCUAUUUCAGAACUCCAAAGUCACGCUGAUCCCCAAGAAGAAGGACCGGCGAGCCAGCCUGCAGCCCAUCAGCCUUGCAGUCUCCCAAGUGAACACCAUAGCCACCAGGAAGGCAAGCCUCUUGCCGCUCCACCUGCUUAGACGGAGCAGCGUCAGGCCGGGAUUUGUCAUCCCCAAAGUCCGUGUCAGCAAGGCUCCUCCACCCACCUUCCAGCCAGAAAAGGCGAGAAGGAGGAGCAGCGCAAAGGACGACCCCUAUUUGCAGAUUCCCAAAUGGAGAUACAAGGAGCUAAAAGAGGAACGGAAGAAAGCAGAGGAACAGGAGAAGAUAAAAGCAGCAGAGGCUCAAAAGCAGAGGCAGGUGUCUCCUGCCAGAUGCAGGACCUGAUUUAAAAGCAGUUGCUUAGAAGGUUUUAGAGCCAUUAGUCUUGUUAUCUUGCUGAGAUAACAGACCGCAUGCCUUCGUGCAUGCCCACUGCUCAUGGAGCUGGAAUACUGAAUAACAGCCCUUAAGGGGCAGAAAGAGGGUAAGGGCUAUGCCACAGUGUGUCUGAUGAUGGAGCAGGAAAGUAUUUUGUGGCUGAAGACUUACUAAGUUUACCUGUCUGCUGUUGAUAGGAAAUUUUAAGUGGUGCAGUCCUCUUGUGGUUUCCUUUUUUUCCAGUUCCAGGUGAACGACUGAGAAACAGCUUGAAAAACAACUUGUAUGAAAUGAUUGUAUUUUGUGUUUGUUCAUUUUAUAAUGGACAAAAUUAAGGAGUUGUGCUUUUGACACUAGACAUUCCUCCCUCUCCUUGCUUAGGUAGAUGUAUUGCAAGGUUUUAUAGUAAUAAUGAAAAGUUUAAAAUAUACCACGGUGUUGGUGGGCAGUGAAAAUCCAGGUCUACAACUGUUUUGAAUAUACUAAGCACUUUAUUUUAAUUCCAGUAAUCAAAGUUUAAGACAGGAUAGGUAUUAAACUUUACAGCUCUAUACAGUCUGUAUGGAUGCAGUUUCUUAAUGCUAUUGUUCGUUCUGUGGAAUAUUAAAAGGGCUGCAUAUGAACUAUUUUACUAGUUGAGGUAUUCACAUCCUCUGCAGGUACAAAUCGGGGGCAGGGACUGAUUUCUUUGCAGCAACAGAGAAGCUGAGCCAAUUUUUGAAUGCUACCAUCACCUAAGAUUUGCCUCCCCUGUUAAGUUUCCCCGUAUCUACUGUCUGUUGUCUCCUCUUUAGUCUCAGGGAUUUUUUUGUCUCUGCAUUUAACUGUGAAGUAAGGGAGACAGUGAGACACAAGUGGGCUUUUUUUUUUUUUCUUAGGUGGAUAUUUAAGUUCCUGUUAAAAAACCCCACUGGGUUUAUUGUGUUUAUUGGGUUUAUUAUAGCAAGAACAGGAAAAUUAUGCAGCUUCCAGAAGUUCAAGCCAUUUUCCCAGGUAUGAGGCAACUCAGCCACUAGCUUUUGGAAAUGGUGGCCAGACGCCACUGUGAGCUUUGGUACUAGACCUCGGGGUGCCCGGAGAGGGCAGAACAUCACCCUUCUGUCUCAACACCGGGAGAAAACCUUCCCUGUUACAUGAGUGCAUCUCAAAGUGGGAGUUCCCACAGGUUCUUGUGGUCCAUGAUAGGCUUUAAUUUGGCGUUACCAGCAGUCAGACUGAAUGGCAUGUCAAAUCCUGGCAAAUUCUGUCCAGGAAGGGCUGUAAACCUGCUGCUUGCUGAAGAAAUACCACAUUGACAAAAGCAGAGGUCAAACACAAACAGCAAGUCACAAAGCACAUGCCCAGUCUAUGUUUUUGCUCAGGCUUUGCUCCCGUUUGAAAUGAAAUGUGCUGUGGUGUGUUCUCCCAACCGUGUUGCUCUAAUGGGGGCCAGGCAGACCCCAGCUGCUGCUGUCAGCUUCUCCCUUCAAUUAAGGAGAGGGAAAACUUUUCCACCCUUUACUCCCACAGCUCAAAGGCUGGCUGUGGUCUCACUGAGCUUGUAAUGAAACUGUGCGCGUCAUGGGAGAAAUAAAUUCAGUUGAUUGAAAACCAGUGCCCAGAUUGGUAUUGCUAGCUGGCGUCUGUGGGGUCAGGGCUCGACAGAGGUUAUGGCAGAUGUGAGAAACAAGGAUUUUCUACGCAGCCUGUUCUUUGCACCUCUUGCUGGAGUAGCUGUGCCGGUUAGACUCCAUUGCCAGGUAGCCUCCCAGGUCAGAGUUGAAGGAAUAUGCACCCUGCUGAGAAACCUCCCCAGCCCUGUGAAUAUAAAGAGGAUUUUAGUCUGCAAGCAUCUCGGUGCUGUGCAAUUCAUAGGCACAAUUUUGUGAUGGAUUUGGUGUGACCAGAAUAUAAGCUGAACCUUUGGAGAGUAGGAAAACAUCUUUUAGCUGUCUGUGGCAGAGGUAUUAGGAUGGACUUUUUAAUUGGUACACUGGAUUGAAUGGUUUAACUAUUAAUUUUUGUUUACUGCCAGCCCAGCGUACUGAAGAUUUAGAAUUCAGAUUGAGUGUCUGAAAAGCAACCUGUGCUGCAGGUGAACUCGUGAAUUUGCACUCCCAGUAUCACUUGCAGGAGACACAAUUGCAGGUGCUCUCAGGGAUUAGCGUACAGUAUGUUAGACUUAGGGGCUGAAA